UACUACAUCUACUUGCUCUACAGCUAUUGCUACCAAGGCAAAGCAUCUCUGCACUCCGCACUUGGUUGCCCACACGCUCGUCAGCACCUUAUUACUAGUAGCAUUCAAUCAUUCAUGGCCACCAAGUACAUCGUCGGGUCGGUGGCGGCGUCUUUCGCCUUCGCCUACGUCUGCGGCGUCUACGUCGCCGACAGGAAGGUGCUCGGAGGCACGACACCACGGACGGUGGCGACGAACGAGUGGUGGCAGGAGACGGACAGGAAGUUCCAGGCGUGGCCUCGCACCGCCGGACCGCCCGUCGCCAUGAACCCCAUCAGGCGCCACAACUUCAUCGUCAAGUCGUCUGAAUGAACUGCGCGCGUGCUACCUGUCGAUCUGCAUCUCGUCUUGCUCCGAUUCAAAACAGAAUGUAUUUUAUGACCACGCAGGUUUUGUGUUUUUAGGUACUCACACUACACGCAGUUGUGUGACGAUGCUAGCCAAUAUCCAUGCGAUACGGAUUCUGUUCCGAAUAUUGAACGUGUUCGCUGAAAAGUUAUGGUUGAAAAUAUUUUUCAUUAAUUUACUAUAAGAGAAAAACACUGUUAGC